GUGGUGGCUGGACUACAGCUCCCAGCAUACCCUGUAGCUCUGCGGGUGCUCUCUCCGCCUUGGUGACCAUGUCGUUCCUUGGUUUUGCGUGAACGCUGAAGGAGCAAAUACUCGGCUUUUCUGUGCCGGUUCUUUAAAAGCGAGCACCAGCGUGAUUAUACGGCGAGCAACCAUGGGAUCCAGGAUAAGGGAAAAUCCAGAGAAGAUAUUUGAAGUGUAUGCUGAAGUAAUACAUCCUGAAUCCAGUGGUUCAGAUCCUGAGGUGCGGAGACAAUUCCCUGAGGACUACAGCGACCAGGAAGUUCUGCAGACAUUGACCAAGUUUUGUUUCCCUUUCUAUGUGGACAGCCUUACAGUCAGCCAAGUUGGCCAGAACUUUACAUUUGUACUCACUGACAUUGACAGCAAGCAGAGGUUUGGAUUCUGUCGCUUAUCUUCUGGGGCCAAAACUUGCUUCUGUAUCCUAAGCUAUUUACCUUGGUUUGAAGUUUUCUACAAGCUUCUGAACAUCUUAGCAGAAUACACUGUUAAAGGACAGGACUGUCAGUGGAAGGAAUUGCUGGAAACACUAUACAACCAUCCUCUUCCAGAGCCAGGCUCAACUGUUCACUUAAGUGUGCAUUCGUAUUUUACCACACCCGAUACCCUGGAACUUCCUAGUAUACCUGAAAAUAGAAACCUGACAGAGUAUUUUGUAGCUGUAGAUGUCAACAACAUGCUCCAUCUUUAUGCCAGUAUGUUAUAUGAACGGCGAGUCCUCAUCUCCUGCAGCAAACUAAGCACUUUAACAGCCUGUAUCCAUGGGUCAGCAGCUAUGCUAUAUCCGAUGUUUUGGCAGCAUGUUUACAUUCCUGUCCUUCCUCCUCAUCUAUUGGACUACUGCUGUGCUCCAAUGCCCUACCUCAUAGGAGUGCAUUCUAGUUUAAUGGAGAAAGUGAGGAACAUGGCCUUAGAAGAUGUUGUGUUACUAAAUGUGGACAACAAUACGCUGGAAACACCAUUUGAUGAUCUUCAAAGCCUUCCUAAUGAUGUGUUGUCAGCUCUAAAGAACAGACUUAAGAAAGUGUCAACAACCACAGGUGAUGGAGUUGCUCGUGCAUUUUUAAAGACUCAAGCGGCUCUGUUUGGCAGCUACAGAAAUGCUCUGAAGAUUGAACCUGAGGAACCCAUAACUUUUAAUGAAGAUGUUUUUGUAUCACACCGCUCAAGUGCCAUGCGGCAGUUCCUGCAAAAUGCGAUUCACCUUCAGCUCUUCAAACAGUUCAUUGAUGGUCGACUGGAUCUCUUGAAUUCUGGGGAAGGAUUUAGCGAUGUGUUUGAAGAAGAGAUAAAUAAUGGCGAAUAUGCAGGAAGUGACAAAUCUUAUCACCAGUGGCUGUUCACAGUGAAGAAAGGAAGUGGAGCCAUCAUAAAUACAAUGAAGACAAAGGCAAAUCCUGCAAUGAAGACUGUGUACAAGUUUGCAAAAGAUCAUGCAAAAAUGGGAAUAAAAGAAGUGAAAAAUCGUUUGAAGCAAAAGGAAAUGGCAGAGAAUGGCUACUCUGUAGCAGGAGAUGAUAUCCAACCGAAGAGUAUUACAUCGCCUAUGUCUGAGAAGAAAGAAGGCAAGCAGCGAGAGGACCGGCGACCAAUAACUGUGCACUUUGGGCAGCCUGAGAGAGUCCCUCCACCUCGCCCACCACCUCCAAAGAUAAACAGUGCUACUUUGCCCGCACGUCCUCCAAGACCACCAGUUAAGAAACCAAGAGGUAAUGCACUGCCAGUAGAGGCUCGAAUAUCCUCCAUUUCAAGUCCAGAGCACAUCGUAAGACCCACACGACACUACACAGUCUUCCUUUCUGAGGAUUCCUCUGAUGAUGAACUUCACCAUGAAGAGGACUCUAUAUCUGCCUUCUCUGAAAGCUUUCUCUUCACUUCUUUUGAAUGGCCUCAACCAUAUAAAACUUUAAAGGAAUCUGAUAUAGCUGAUGGAGAGGCCUUGAGUACAGAGAAGAGGACUGGGCCAACUAUCUUUCCCAACCUCUCCAUGCCAGGCAGGAAUAUUGAUGUGAAUUUAUUGGAUGACAUUUUCGGCAAUAUAAAGAUAACCUCGCAACACCAGCCCCUCAGCCAAGCCAAAAGCAUGGAAGAUCUGAGGACACCUAAGGAGGAAGAAAUGGAAAAUCCAUUUGGGCAUCAGUGGAAAGUAAUGACUUCAGCUGAGAAGAGCAAGACCAUGUCAGUAGGACUGCAUCAUACUCUGCCUCAUACAAAGUUACGCAGUGUGGGUCAAGAUGACAUGGCUCUGAAUAGUAAAUCUAUUAGUAGUUCAUCGCCUGGCAACAUUCAUUUUGAAAGUUUCUUCACUGGGAUUGAUGCAGAGGCUUUAAAGAGGGACAGUUCAGCACCUGCUUCCAAUAUAAUUGCAAGUGGACAAGGCAGCAUUACAAUCCCAAGGCCUCAUGGUAGGAAGUCAACAGAGAAAGGAAUAGUGCUUCCACCUCCAAUAGGUGUCAGUCGAGGAGUCAAACAGUCAGUAUUUCCGGAAGUUAAUCAAGUAUCAACAGUAUUACAGGACAGCUCCAAACAAGAGAGACCUGUCUUCAGCACUGGCCCAGCUUCAGAGAUAUUACAAGAAUCAAUUGGAGUUGAAAAGAAACCUCAAGGACCAGACUUAAACCAAUCAUUGAAUUCAUCUCCUCAUCCUAUGUUAAGUUCAUCUGCUGUUGAUAUCCUCAAACCUAUCAAAAUCAGUGUAGAAAUGGAUAGGAGAAAUGAUCUUUUAAGUCUUCUUGAUCCAUUGAGUGCCAAUUCCAGUCUUGAUGGGAGCCAAUCUGCAGCUCCUAAAAGUUCAUUAACAUCUGCACCGUUCUUGUCUUCAGCUCCUGCUCCUACUGGUUUCACUCCAUCAGGAACUGACCUUGGGAUAAGUGCUCCACCAGCCACCUUACAAUUCAGCCAAACACAAGGAUAUUCAACUCCCAGCCCAGCAGCAAUCGGUCAAUUUCCACAGCCACCAUCUUAUCAGUUUUCUCAAACCAUGCCAGCAGCUCUUCACUUUCCUCCAGUACAGCCCUCUGCAAGUCAUUUUGCUCCAACUCCAGCAUCUGCUUUUGCUUCAAGCUAUUUGCCUUCAAGUUCAGGUUUCUUCCAACCCCAAAUGCCUCACAGGAACUACUCAGCACCUUCCCUUCACCACUUGUACAGUCAGCCCCCUGUAAUCCCUCAGUCUGGUACUUUUAUUCAGAAAAGUACGAUUUCAGCCAGCCUAGGAGGUAUAAGUUUUGCAAAAACUGCAGGAAAAGCGGGUAUAAAUGUGGCUGAUUCCAGUCCAGUGAUGGGUGGUUCAACAAAAAAUUUGCCUGAGCCACCAUUAGUCCCACCAAAGCCUUCCAUAGGUCUUGAAAGAAUAUUACAAUCGUCCAAUCCUGGCAAGGCUCAAGAUCCGUUUACUGAUCUGCUUAAUGCAAAUAAGAAGGAGGCAGCAUCAUCACAAAGUAGAGUGGACCAGCUCAGGAAAAAAUGGGAGACUUUUGAAUAAAAACAGCAAUUAAAAUGUUCCAAUAACAGAGUGAUAGUAGUGGAGCCUUUCUAAACUGCAGCCUUUGGGUGCCAUAUGUAAAAGCAUCAGGUAUCGAGGGGUGCAUUGUACAAGAGCUGGUUAGUUCUGGUUUUUCUAAUUGGUAAAGGACUGUAAAGAAUGCAUAUUAUAUCAACGAAUGUUAUAGUGAGGAGCUACUACACUACAUUUAUACUUACACCAAGCCAUUUAUCAUGGCUUGGAUGUGGUCUGCUCUGUUUGGUGAUUAAUGUGACUUUUGCAGUUUUUUUUUGUUAAGAAACACUCCAGCAAAAUUGCUGAAACUCAGAUUGAGGUUGCCUUGUUUUCUUGAUUUCUGAUUUUGCUUUUUGAAAGCUCAAUAAUGUCAUUGAUGUGUAAGUCACUAAUAUUAAUGUACUAAUAUUGCAGCACACCAUUUCUCAGCAUUGAAACUAAACUUUUGCAUCAUGCUAUGGCCAUUUAAUUCCACAACUUUGUAGCUAACAGUGCAGGUAUUAUGUUUGCUACGUCUUUCUAUUGUAGUGCUCUUCUUGAUCCUGUAAUAUUUUGAUAAUUAUAUGGGAUACCAUAAAAUGAAUGUUAUAUUUAUCUAAAUUUUAUCAAACCAUUGAAUUUUCCUACAUCACAGAGUAAAAUCAAUGUGCCCUGAAUUUUGAAACUUAAUUACGAUAAAGUAUUGUGGAAUUAAAGUAGAUGUGUGUGGAUGAAGCCAAAAAGGAAGCAAAGUAAUUCCAUACACCACUAUAUCAUGCAUUUCUCUUACUGCUCAGUGUUGCUGCUAUAAUUCAGUCUUGCUAGUAAAUAUUUACACUGGCUUUGCUGUGGGACAGAUUCUGUGUCUAUUGGUUGUGCCUAGACUAAUGGAUAAUUUAGGUUUGUUUAAAAAAAAAUCACAGCUCUGUGUCUAAUGUGCAGCUACUACUAGUAUUAUUAGUAACAAGCAACUUUUGAGUAUUAGAAGUGUACAAUAAUAUGCCUUGCAGUCCAACUGGAGCAGGGUUCUUGCAGGUGUUCUAUAGUUGGAAAUAAAUGAUGCAAGCCUGUUUUUACCACUAACUGUUCAAACAAAAAUGCAAAUGCACUGGGCAACAGGAAAUCAAAAUCUUGUACUGAUGCAGGGUGGUAAUCUUCAAAUUAUAGUAAGUCCUUUCAAGGCACACAAAUGAAACUUUUGAUCUCUUAAUAAGCUUUUUAACUCAUGCAGACUACAAAGUUCCACAUCUUUGUUUGAUUUAUGACAGUGUUCUUUGGCUUUUUGCAAAUAGUUUUGGUGGUGAUCAGAGGAGACCACCUUCGAACCCUUAUAAAAAUUAUGCUAUGUCAUUGAUAUGACCAGAUUUUAGCCAUUUAAGUCUACUAUAGUUAAGUUUUAUUUUGGUACCACUGUGCCAAACAGUAAAGUUGCCUGAAAGAAAAUCUAAAAGGGUAAUCUAUACCUGGGAAUCUCUGUAAACUCAUUUCUAAUAACAUUCAUAUAAACACAAUUUUGUUGCAGGUUGAGAAGGGAAAGCUUUUUAAUGCACUUAGCAUAGAUUUUGUUUUAAAUUUAUUUUUCUUCUGUACAAUGCAAACAAAUUAUGAAACAGCUUUUACAGCUGGCAUCCAAGAAUCAUAUCUGACAUACUCCGCUUUUCUUGGAUGGUCCAGCUAGGUGAUAAAGGAUUAAAUAUCUAAAUUUCCAAUUAAAAAUUGAGUACAUCAAAUCCAAAUUUAUUUCUAUUUUACAUUUGUAUUUGUUCAGCACAUUUUAGAAACAAUGUUGAUUAGAAAUUAGAAAGGUUCCCUUAGGCUAGCAACCUACUCCAGGUAAUUUUGAUAUCUUCAAUAAUAUGUCCAAGCUGAGCUGAAGUUUAAAAGCCAUCGGUAAGGAACGUUUCACUUAGUUAUACGACACGUGAAUUAUAUUCUUGAAAGUAAAAUAAUAGAUCAUGAAUGCAAUUGAAGUUUCACAUGUAUUAGUUCUUAGAUUUGAUGAUAGUGACAAAUUCAGUAUUUAUAAAUUGUAUAUUUGAUACUUCUGAUGUUGAGUCAUUUUCGCAUUUCCUAAGUAAAACUAGAACUGGUAGUAUUGUUUCAUUGUCCCUUGUGCGUCUGUUCUAUUAGAACACAACUACCUUCAAAUGCAAGCAGUUUUGUUAAGCUUGAGAAUCUAUUCUGCUCCUUGCAGUUCUCUGAGCAGAGGAUGUCCUGUACCCAAAAGGAGGGGUCACCGAAACACAUUUCUUCAGCAAUGUUAUACAAGAGAUAACCAUGAUUUGUAAAAGUUACAUGAUUGCUUACUUUCAUAUAGGAACAUGCGUGCACACCCUCACAAAUGCACAAAGCCUCUCCUCGGCUCUUAAAAAUUCAGUAAAUGUCAUUGUAUUUCAUGACACAAUCUUUACUCAACCAAGUUCCAAUAAUUUAGCAGGUAGGAAUCAAAGUAGGAUUGUGAUCACUGCUAUGACAUAAUACAGGCACCAUAAAAAAGGCAUUUAAAUACUUAGUGUUAGUAUAUUUUGGACGUUUAUUUGCCUUUCAAAAUAAGUUGAAGUUCUGAUUUAUUUCGAUUUUAAAGGUGCACUUUUUAAUUGAUCAUCAAACCCAAGUAUUAUCCAACUUUGCAUUUUUAAACAAUUUUCCACUAAGUACUUUCACAUGCAUUACUCAAGAAGCUUGAAACACUAAGUGAUUAUUCUUGCAAUUAAUGGCUGCUUAAUAACACAAACAGCCAGACCUUUGUUCUAAUUUAAUUGCCAGGAUUUACGAAUGGUUGAAUUGAGAUUUUUGGUAGCUUUUAGACAUUAACAUUUUUUAUGCUGAUGGUAAAACAUCCAAAUGUUAAUAACUAGAAAUUAUGAUACAAAAUCACUCAAAGAUAACCGUGCAGAUAAGUGCUCAGUGUUUCCUUUUAGUGUUUUAUAUUGCAUAUUUUGCACUGGAAUAUUAUAUACCAAUGACAAUAAUGGGGGUGGCUUUGUUGGCAUAGAAACUCUACAAUUAUAUAUAGAGUUUGCCUUCAUCGCCAAAAUUCUUUCUCAUGUAUUAGUGCAAAAAAUAGUGAUGAAAACGUAUUCAGUUUUAGGUUGCUAAAGUAGAUGUUGUGAAAAUGUGUCUUGUGGCCACAAUAACUCGUAACUGAUUCAUGAAAUUACCGAAGGUUAAGGUGCUACAGAUCAAUCCUAAUGCACAUUUUUAUUCAGAUUAUUGUUUAUUUCUACACAUGCUUAAAGUGGUUACAUACUAAAGCAAGGAGUCAGUGUAAAAAUCUCUUCUCUAGCUAAACCUUACUCUUUAAAAAAAAAAGAGAAGUUGUUUCUAGAUGAAUUAUUGAUCUCAAGGAACUUAUAAAUCUUAUAAGAUCCAAGGUACUGUCAAUGGUUGGAAUGCUGUAAUGAUGCAGAAUUUAAAAUGUUUCAAAUAGAUUUUUACAUUCUAAAUGAUGUACCAUUUACUUUUGGGGAAAUCUAGCUUAAUUGGUAAUUCAGUGUUUUGUAUGUUAUUGUAAUCACUUUUGUUAUUGUCAUAAACUGUGAUGCACACCCUUGCUGGGAAUUCAGAUUCCUUAUUAACUUGUGCCUCAAACAUUUGUGGAAUGUACAAUGCUUUGGUAGUCUGAAGCUGAUGUGGUAUGCAAAAUAGUCUCUGUUCGUGAACCUGUUAUAUUUAUCCUAAAACAUUGAUUCCUUACAUUGAUAAUAGUGAACCCCAGGCAUUGUACAGUAUGAUGUAGGAGGCCCUAGUAUGUUUUGAAAUUCUUGUUAACGCUUGCACAUUGCUUUUGUAAUUUGGCCAAAUAAGUUGCUGCUAAAUAAGUGUACUGAGUUUCUGAAGGUAUUGUAAAAAAUAUUUUUGUUAUAGCAGUGCUUGUCAGGUUUGCAGUUUUGUUCUAUGCACCUACUUCAGUUAUAAUGUAUUUAUCAGUAAUACCAUUAAUGUGUUUUAUGCAUUGAAUUUUAAAUUAUGCAGUCAAAAUUUUCAAUUUUCCCAAAAGGGUUUACUUAACAUAUUUAAUAACAGCAAAGCAGAUUUAAUAAGUGACUGUGGUGGUUUUUCCACUGAGCUUCAAUUCAGUCUGACUGCACAUUUAUCAUCAGUGAAUUUCAGCUGGCAUUAGCAUUAAAUAUACCUUUAUUUGUGACUGGAGUUAUAGUACAUCUAGUAUUUGUAACUGAGGCAUCAGUGACACUUUAAUCUUAACUGCUAUUAGCAGGUUUUCCUCAAGUAUUAUAGAGGGUCCAUAGUUUUCAUAUUUAAGUAUCUGUUCUUUUACUGUUGAAGCUUACUGACACUAUUCUCAGUUAGCCUUUUCAAAGAUCCAUUCAGGAACAUAAACAUAUGCCAGAUGUUUAGUAUGACUCAUUCAAACAAAAAGUCUAAUUGAGGUUAUCCUAGAACUGCAAAAGGCAGAUUUUGAAGUAGUAGACAAAUUCCUACCCUGAACUUCAAGAAUUCAUGAUCCAUGGCUAUUUUCCCAAAGUUGGUUUUAUAUACAGGUUUCUGCAUUUUUCUGUCCAAAGACACUGUUGAUUUCUGAAGAGAAUUGGAAUCAAAGAUUAUACAGAUACAGGUUCACUGCACAUUUUACUACUAGUAAAAAAAAAUGUAUAGCACAGAAACAGCAGGGCUGAAAUUCAGUGCAAUAUUAUUUUUGUUCUGUUAUUGGUUCUGACUCAUACGACUGUGAACAAAUGACUUUUGUAAUUAAGAUGGUGGAAUGGAAUUGUAAAGUGACAGAGUGAUGCCAUGGGACUCGAAAGUAAUAAAAAUAAUGAUUCUCCUGUGUAAACUC